UGAACACUGAAUGGCUGCGCCACUACCUAUAUCGGCCUCUGAUUGGGUGUGUGGCGCCUCCCCGGCGUGAUAGGUCAGGACCACCGCCCCCCUCGUUCCCCAUUGGCUGCUCAGAGAAGCCCGGUCUCCGGGUAAGAUGGCAGCGGACGGACAGUGCUCGCUCCCCGCUUCAUGGCGGCCGGUGACCCUCACCCACGUCGAAUAUCCUGCAGGAGAUCUCUCUGGAUACCUCCUUGCAUACCUGAGCCUCAGCCCUGUUUUUGUCAUCACUGGCUUUGUGACCCUCAUCAUAUUCAAGCGGGAGCUGCACACAAUCUCAUUCCUUGGGGGCCUGGCAGUGAACGAAGGGGUCAACUGGCUGAUCAAGAACGUCAUCCAGGAGCCUCGGCCCUGUGGAGCCCCCCACUCAGCAGUGGGCACCAAGUACGGGAUGCCCUCCAGCCAUUCCCAGUUUAUGUGGUUCUUCUCCGUCUAUUCCUUCCUUUUCCUGUAUUUAAGAAUGCACCAAACGAAUAACGCCAGGUUCCUGGACUUGCUGUGGAGGCAUGUGCUCUCCCUGGGGCUCCUCACUGCGGCCUUUCUAGUCUCCUACAGCAGGGUCUACCUGCUGUACCACACCUGGAGCCAGGUGCUCUACGGGGGCAUCGCUGGAAGCCUCAUGGCCAUCGCCUGGUUUGUCUUCACCCAGGAGGUCCUCACCCCGCUGUUCCCCAGGAUAGCAGCCUGGCCUAUCUCUGAGUUCUUCCUCAUCCGGGACACGAGCCUCAUUCCCAAUGUCCUCUGGUUUGAGUAUACAGUGACCCGGGCAGAAGCCAGGAACAGACAGCGCAAGCUGGGGACGAAGCUGCAGUGACUGGUGGGCCUGUGUGGCCCGCAUGGCGCCCGCAGGGUGGGCAGGAUGACAGAUGGAGGAACAGAGACCUCACCUGACCCAAGUCACCAAGUGGAGCCUUUUUGUUCUUUUUCGUUAUUUUAAUUUUAAUGGACAAGGUGGACCAAAGGGCCGAGCCAGUCCCUCCACCAGGACCCUGGAGGGCCUGCUGCCUGGGAGCCACGUGGUCAGAGACCCCGCUGUGCUGCUGCCAGCCUCUAGCUGGGCAGAAAGUGCCCUUGGCCUGGGCACCAGAUGUGGGGUAGUGGAUGGGGGCUGUGCCUCUGGUCUCCAGCCAGGAAUUCCAGGUGAAAAGUGCACGCUAUUUAUUUUGGGGUUUGUUCAAAGGCAGGUGCGAUUUGGGGGAAGGGGCUGGAAGAGCUUGCCCUGCAGAGGGGUCCGGUCAGCUUGCAGCCCCUUGCCCAGGCCGGGCCAGGAGAAGCGAAGCACUCGUGCCCUCCCUGCUACCGUUGCCAUUCCAGAACCUCGCCAGUGUUUCCCGUAUGGGGUAGGCCCAGCGAGCACGCACGCGCCUGGCGGCUGCUGUCACCACUCCACCCCGGGUCAUCCUCCUGACACCACAAGGGCUUUCUCUGCUCCCUGUCCCCGUGUCCCCUUGUGACAAAAGAGCCUGCACAUGUGGGUGCACCGCACCCGAGGGUUUACAGCUCCUUUUGUCUGGCCAUCCAGUAGCAGCUGUCAUCAUCCCUCCUCGAACAAAUCGCAAAGGAACCCGGAGUUGGGGCUCCCCCUCCCGUGUGCCGUGUCCGUGCCCCCGUCUUUCCUGGCCGCCCCAUCGGCUGGAGCCCCCUGCCCAGCCUGGGGAAGGGCUCUUCCUAGGGGACCGUCUGUCUCUAGUCGCUCUGCCCCACUCGUUGGAGAUGCUUCCAGCCUCCUGGAAGUUUCCAGAAGUGAAGCAGACCCCUCUCUCUUUCGGGAGGUCCGCAAUCUGCUGCUGAAGCACAAUGUCGUGGUGCUUUACUCGCUCAUUUGGUAAAGGCUGUGUCCGAAGCCAUGGCAGACAGGCAGGGCCGGGCUGGCUCCGGAGGUGGGGCGCCGCCGCAUCCCUCCCUCCCUCCCUCCCCGCCGACCGACUGACCGACGAGCCAAGU